AGAUAAAAAAAAAAAUAAAAAAAAUCAUAGAGAAAUAAAAUUAAUUGGAAAGAACUAGAGAAAGAUAGAGAGAAACAAAGAAAUAGAAUUAUCAAUGCAUCAACUUUUAUAAUUAUCAACAAUCAAAAACCUAUGUCAAACUAUGAUUUCCUAGACUACGCGCACGGAGAGAAUAAUUAUGGGCUUGCGCAGAUCGUUCAAUGGGGGUGGGGGUAGUUGGCUAAGGAGAAAUAAAGCCCAGAGCCCAGCCGGUGAAUGCGGCCACGGAUUGCAAAAUUUUCCUGGUCUGUUUCGUUCUCUCGGUUAAUGGUAGAAUCUACAUUCGAGUCAAUUUGCUUCUUCUUGUAGUGGAUACAUUGGAACAUCGACAGCUACUUGCGACGUUUUCCUGGAUGCUGAGGCAUGCGCCCUAAAAACUUUGGAAUUGAUGUAUUGCAGAGCGCAGAUCUGCAUUUAUUACCUGCUGUGGAUAGUGACGUUGAGUCUAAAAUUUACUUUAGAACAAGAAACUACUACCGCGAAAAAUUGGGAUUGCUCUGCAGAAUGUAUUUGUCUUUCUCCGAAACAGGUUCUUUGCAAUACAGGUGGGCUAAAAGAUAUUCCCACCCAACAGUUACCUCAAACAAUAGAGGAACUUUCCUUAACAAAGAACAAUUUUCCAAUAAUAAAAGGAGAUGCAUUUGCUGGCUUAAAACUGUUACGGAAAUUAACGAUGGAUGGUAAUAAUAUAUCGACAAUACGUCCGUUCGCAUUUCGAGGUUUAAAUAAAUUGCGCGAACUUUCUAUUCAGCAUACACCUUUACCAUUCAUCGAAAAAUUUUCAUUCGCAACUUUACAAAACGUAUCAGUAUUAUUAUUGGCAAAUAAUAAAAUACGAUAUAUCGAGGGUUAUUCAUUUGCCGGUACAUCCAACAUUCGUGUAAUACUAUUGAGCAAUAACCCAUUACUCAGAAUCCAGAGUCAUGCAUUUUCAGGUGUAACAAAUAUAGUUCGCUUAAUAUUUCCGUCAGGAAUAAGAACUAUUGAACCAGAUGCAUUCGAUGGCUUACAACAUGUUGGACUUUUAAAAUUAACUUAUAUGGACUUGUCUUCCCUGCAAUCUUACACGUUCCGUGGCUUAUCCUAUGUGCAUUCAUUGAAUAUUCAGGAAAGUGACUUGGGCAUCGUUGAGAAGGACGCCUUCACUGGACUUGCUCAUGUUGAUAGACUGAAUAUAUUAAAUAACAAAAUCGAUCUAAUCGAAAAAUUGUUUCUACGAUAUGAAAAUAGUAUAGAGAUGCUGAGAUUUCAUGGAAAUCAUGUUUUGGAGGCACCUCGUCAUGCCAAAGACAUUAAUUUAGAAGUGAGCUCUAUUAGCGCUAUCGAUAACCAUUUUCCUUGCGACUGUCAAGCUCACAAUGUAUUAGAAAGCGAUUUUGUCAAUGGAACUAUUACCGAGUUUCAGAAAAAGAAUUAUUGUAUCUCUCCAAUUGAAUACAAUGGAAAACCGAUGAACUUUGUAGAUUUUAGUCUAAUUGCCAAAUGUCAUGAUAAUGUCGUCCAAGAUAAUCUGGGUUCUGGAGUUGUUGGAAUUUUUACAUUGCCAAUCACUUUGUUCCUCAUUCUUUUGUUCUCUAUGAAUUUCUUUCAGUAAAUUAAGGUUAGCUUUAUAAGAUGCACAUCGUUGAAAUAUAGUUAAUUGGGAACAGUUUUAGCUAUUUUAUGAUUUAGAUAUAAAAUUUAAUACCAUAUUAUUAAUUUGUUAUUCUUAUAAAUUUAAAAACGAAAAAUGAAACAACAAUUAAUUUUUUAAAAUUAUUAAUCUCUUCGAUAAAAUCAUCGAUUUUAGUUCAACAAUCGUUAAACAUUAAUUAUUAAUAAAUAAUUAUAUAAUUAAAUAAUAUAAAUAAUAUAAUUAAAUAAUAUAAAAUAAUUAAUAACUGACAUAUCGAAGAGAUUAGUAAUAUUAAAUAUAUUUAAUAUAUAAUAUAACACACAUCCUAAUAAUAUUUUUUAGGGCUUGAAUGAAAAUUUUUGACACAUUUUUUUUAUUUUAAAUUAUUUUCAUAUAUAUAAUAUAAAAUAUUAACAUAAUAUAAAUAACUUAAAAUUAAAAUUUUUUCAAUUUUAUUUUAUAUAAAACAAAGUAACGACUAUAAUAAUAGCAAUUUUAAUAAAUGUUUAAUAUUGUUGAACUUCUAUCAUAUGAAAUCAUUGCCAAGAAACUUUUUCCAUUUGAUUAUUAUACUCGUACAUUUUAAACAUACUAUGAGCUUUAAUAUAUCUAGCUAGCAAAAUUGCAUUAAUUUCAAAUUUAUUCUAUAAAUUAUAGAAGCAAAUUCAGAAAUAAAUGAUUUGUUUAUUAAAUCAUUUUUAACCUAUCCCUUAAAUUAUUUUUAAUCUAAUCUGAAGAUUUAUUACAAAAGCAUCAUUAAAAAAUAUAUUUUCAACAAUUUUGAUUAUAGAUUAUUUUUUUAAAUUUAAUAUCAAUUUAAAUUUUUUACAAUUUUUGUAUCACUUACAUAUAUAUACUCAUAUAUAGGAAAUUAUUUUCUUAACUGUUUUUGAAAUAUUUGUUAAUAUUAAGAUAAUAUAUAUAGUAUGUUUAUUUCGAAUAUGUUAAUUAAGGAAAUUUUGUUAAAUAUUUUAUAUAAUGUAAUUUUUUAUUAUAUCUUUGAUUAUAUAAAAACAACCAGAAUUAAAUAAUUUAUAUCAACAAUAAUGAAAGUAUGUAAACAAUAUAAAAAUGUAAGUAAUCAAUUUAUGUAACAAUUCUUUGGCAAAAAAUUUGCAUUAUUUUGAAAGAAAUAAAUAUAAUAGUGCUAUUAUUCUUU